AUGACGUCAAAAUGUGGUAAGAACAAAAGAGGGGCGCACGAGGUACAUAAAAUUUACUUUUUCCUAACUAAUACUUUGCAGGUGAAAGGGGCAUCUAACAUUGUUCAUGACAAGAAAGAUACAGCACCCAACAACCGAACCUGUAUACAGCAGAGGGACAUACGCUUAUUUUCCAUUCGCAGACGGAUUUGAUCUGGCAUGUGACUAUGUUUUAGUAGGCUGCUUCGGGCUAAAUUCUGAAAAUAUCUCAGUGCCCCAGAGUAUUCUUGACGGUUACUUUUGUGGAAUUUUUAUUACCUCAGAAUUAUACAUUCCUAAGCUUUUCACUUCCUGGACUACACAGAAUGAUUUAACCUCCUAA